UUAAGAUUACCCGGGUGCAAUAUUCAUUCAGUUGGAUUUCAUUCAGAUGAGGGUAGAAUAUUCCACAAUGAAAAGUAUACUGGAUCAAAGUAUGCUGAAAAAUGGGGUGAAGUAAAUGAUGUGAUAGGUUGUGGUUAUUAUCCAAAUACUGGUCAAGUUUUCUUUACAAUGAAUGGUAAAAAUUUGGAUACCGCUUAUACUGGUUUAUUUCAUACUUGGUAUCCCACAAUUGGUUCUAAUGGUACUUGUAAAUUAAAAGUUAAUUUUGGUCAAGAAGAAUUUAUGUAUAAGGAAGCUAAUGGUAUGAGUGUUGCCGGUAUCAUUUCUUAA